UGUUGACUUUCCGGAUUGUUCACUGGCGAAUAUAAAGGCCGCUGCGCAGUCACAAUACUAGACAAGACAUCAAACACGUUAUUGAAGACCAGACGGGGAGACAAAAACAAACCUGUAUCUUACAACAUUUAACGUUCUUCAACAUAAAAGUCGGAGGUGUAAUUUUCUUUCGGCGCUGUUGAUUUAAACUGUCGACAAUGCCUUUUCUUGGACAGGAUUGGCGGUCCCCCGGUCAGAGCUGGGUUAAAACUGAAGAGGGAUGGAAAAACUAUUCUUCAGACGACAAAAACAGCAAUGACUCAGACGUGAGCUAUUGCAAAACAGAGGACGAGUGCUUCCAGGAGAAUCUGCGGCUGUCUCUCACAUACGACAUGGCAGCGAAGAAGAGAAGGAAAGACUUCAUGAACAACAACGCCAAGAUUCCUUAUUUCCACAAAGAGAAAUGGAUUUACGUCCACAAAGGAAGCACUAAAGAGCGUCAUGGUUACUGCACUCUGGGAGAAGCGUUCAACCGGCUGGACUUCUGCAGUGCCAUCAAGGACAACAGGAGGUUCAACUAUGUCGUGCGGCUGCUGGAGCUCAUUGCCAAGUCCCAGCUGCCCUCGCUCAGCGGAGUGGCUCAGAAAAAUUACAUGAACAUCCUGGAGAGAGUGGUGCAGAAAGUCCUAGAUGACCAGCAGAAUGUUCGUCCCAUCAAGGAGCUCCUUCAGACCCUGUACGUGUCUCUGUGUGGCCUGGUGCAGGAUAUGGGGAAGUCUGUUCUGGUGGGGAACAUCAACUGUUGGGUCCAUCGCAUGGAGAACAUCCUGCAGUGGCAACAACAGCUGGACAAUAUUCAGAUCAACAGGCCUGUGUCUAAGGGUAUGAGCCUAACAGACCUGCCUGUCAACCUGCAGCUGAACAUCAUGGAGCGUCUGUCAGAUGGCCGGGACCUGGUCAGUCUGGGACAGGUGACUCCAGACCUGGGACAACUCACUGAGGACAGGCUGCUGUGGAAGAGGCUCUGUCAGCACCACUUCACUGACCGACAGAUCCGUAAGCGUCUGAUGGUGUCAGACAAGGGCCAGUUGGAGUGGAAGAAGAUGUACUUUAAGCUGUGUCGCUGCUACCCUGUCAGAGAGCAAUACAGUGAAACCCUGCAGUUCUGCACACACUGCCACAUCCUCUUCUGGAAGGAUACGAACCACCCGUGCACAGCCAACAACACAGAGAGCUGCUGUAAGCCUGUUUCUCCACAAGGCUUUAUCAACCUCUUCAAGUUCUGAGAGCCACACAGAGCCUGAGUGACUUUUUGUACAUACAGUAAAAGAACUGUUUAUAGUGUGAUCAAAUGAAUUCAAACAGGCCCUUUUAGUAUGUGUAUCGUGGUGAUGGUGCAUUUGAUUCCUGGUCACCGUGACACUGGGGAGAGGAAGCAGUGGGGAAAUGAUGCAAUCAAAUUCUUGGUCGGGAGAGCUGAGGAUUCUGGGAGAUGGAGUUCUACAGCUGAGAACAAGUGAACUUGACAAACUGAUCAAAGAGGCAGAACAGAGUACUAAUUCAAAUUAAAUGCACUUCUCUUCCUGAGUGCAGUUAUGGCAUGGCUACCGUAACAGCAUACUAAGUUUAAACUUUUUCCAGAAAGGAAAUAAUUUGCAAAAGUGAAUUUGUUUAGUUUUAAAUAGGGGCUGUCAAACGAUCAAAAUAAUUAAUAGAGUUAAUAGCAUUAGUAAUAAUUUUUUUAUUUUGUCAAAUUUGGCCCUACAUUUUUUAAUUACAUUUUUUAAAUUUUACUAUGUUUGGAUUGUAAGGGAAAGAGACAAAACUAAUCUGUAUCAAUGUUUUUAAUGGAAUAUAAACUAUAAACAACACAAAAGUCACUGCUAACAUAGAUGUUAACAUUCCCAAUGUUUCAGUAGGCCUACUCCCUCUUAUCAAUGUUCUUGAAGUUUAACACUUCCUCAUUUGCCACACACACACUCAAGUCCUGAAAGCUUCCGUCAUUCUAAAUGAGUGUUCUCCCAAUUUCUGAUUGGAGCGUUGACUAUAAGGAAAAUAGAACUGUAUCCAUGGAGACAACGAGCUUUUAAACCUGUCCGAUGUUACGACUUAUACAGAAUACAAUUAACAACCGAUCAGAUAGGUCAUGUCAAAUAUAAUACAGCUAUUAGACCUAGACUAGGAUUGGAUUCCAAGAACACAGGAUGAGAUGUUACUAUCCUUUGUGCAAGCACUUCCAAGAGUUCAUGAACAGUGAGCCUGGUGAGCGCAUCGUCAGUAGUGUACCUUUGGUUCCUAGGGUGUUUCGGCCUUUCACACUAUACACCCUCCCCAAAGGCGGCCAGCGACAGGGUGAUCAAUCCUACGCUUGCGUCCCAUUCCCAAUUAGUCAUAGGAGUUGCCUUGUUGUUGAUAGCCAACAUCCCAUGGGACUAUGCAUGGCAGGGGCGUCCUCCUCCCUGAGUCAAGCAUUGUUUACCGCAUACCUCCUGGCCCUCUCACUUCGGGGAUACUGAUCCAUGUUCUUCAACAUCAACUAGUCACAAGCUGCUACUAGAAUUGAGAUACUUUUCUGAACUUAACCUGAAAACUAAAACAGUAACGUUAGCUAAAUAGAAUGGAUUUCCUGUUUUUGAUUAAAAUAAUUGUGGGGAGCUAGCUAGUUGAUUCAAGAUGCAAUCAGACAUGGCAUUGUAAAAAUUUAGUUUGGUUGGCUAGCUAGCGUUAGCAUAACUAAGCUAACUACUUUUGUACAAAUUAUGUUCUUGCUGUUGUCUAAAGAAACGCCUGGGAAUGUGUUUAUGGUUGAACUUCGUGUCAGUUUUCCUUUUAACUGUUGUUCAAAGCUGUGCGCGCCGUGCACCACAAGAGCCCGACAGCGCUACUGAGACCGAGGUCACACUGACUGCCAGAGGUGACCAGGCACAGAGUGUGUUGUGUGUUGCGCUUAAAACGGUCCGUGUGGAAACGCGCGCUCAAAAGGGUCCGUGUGAUGUAGAAAUGGAGACGUGAUUAACGGUGUCCCAAUUUUGUUUUUACGGAAUUACAAAUGUCACGCGUUAUUAACGAGUUAACUUUGACAGCCCAAGUUUUAAAACAUAAUAGCUUUCAUUUUCAAAUAGAAAAAGGUAGUGGAAUAUAUUAACUGAUUUGAAGUUUGUAAUUAAUUAGUUUGGCUCAAUUUCAAGGACAAAAACAUUUUCAACGUUUUUAUAUGUUUAACAUUUUUGGAAACGUUAGACUUUUUUGAUAAUCUGGGAAAGGUGAGAGAGUCCGGCUUUAGCUUUGGUAUGGGGGGACACAUUUUGGGAGAAUGUUAUUUUUUUUACUAAGGUGUUUUUCACCAAAGUUGACUGGUAUGAUAUUCUUUGAAAUGUUGACUGCAUAUAUUUUCUAAACACAACCCCCCCACCCCCUUUUUUCCCCACUUUUAUAUAUUUGAUAUUUACAAAGGUUUUUGUAUGAAUGUGUUGUAUUUUGCUUGUGUGUCGUCACUAGCUGCCAAUGCUUUACCAACAAUAUUACAAAGACACUGAAUAAUAGAUAUGGUGGUGUGCCCAAGAGCAGCUGGUUAAGAACAAAAGUGGGAUGUUUUCAGAUUCUUGUGUUUAACUUUUUAAUCUAGGAGAUUUAUUUACAAGAAGAACUGACAUGGUACUGAAGGAGCAGCUUUGAAAACCAAUAUAUAUUUUAAAAGCUUGAGGUACUUUUUUUUAUGAUUCAAAACAUGUUUAUUUAUGGCUUCAUGCAUGAUGCUGCUUUUUUAUUUUAUACCCAGAUGUUUUUCCUUUUCUAAAUGAUUUGUGUGUCUGACAUAUUGAAUAUCCUGUGUUGAUGGGUAUAGGGAGGAUGGUGGAACUACCUGUGUUGAUGGGUAUAGGAAGCAUGAUGGAACUACCUGUGUUGAUGGGUAUAGGAAGCAUGAUGGAACAACCUGUGUUGAUGGGUAUAGGAAGCAUGAUGGAACAACCUGUGUUGAUGGGUAUAGGAAGCAUGAUGGAACUACCUGUGUUGAUGGGUAUAGGAAGCAUGAUGGAACUACCUGUGUUGAUGGGUAUAGGAAGGAUGAUGGAACUACCUGUGUUGAUGGGUAUAGGAAGCAUGAUGGAACUACCUGUGUUGAUGGGUAUAGGAAGCAUGAUGGAACAACCUGUGUUGAUGGGUAUAGGAAGCAUGAUGGAACUACCUGUGUUGAUGGGUAUAGGAAGCAUGAUGGAACUACCUGUGUUGAUGGGUAUAGGAAGCAUGAUGGAACAACCUGUGUUGAUGGGUAUAGGAAGCAUGAUGGAACUACCUGUGUUGAUGGGUAUAGGAAGCAUGAUGGAACUACCUGUGUUGAUGGGUAUAGGAAGGAUGGUGGAACUACCUGGUAAUCUUGACUCCGGCUGUAUCCCAAAUAGAACCCCCCCCCCCCCCCUAUAUAGUGCACUAUAUGAGCCCUGGUCAAAAGUAUUAGCAUUCUAUUUGGGAUGUAGUCUUAGAUCCCUUUUCACACUGCCAAGGCAGUAGAGUAAUGUCCAAUACACGCCAAGGCAGUAGAGUAAUGUCCAAUACACGCCAAGGCAGUAGAGUAAUGUCCAAUACACGCCAAGGCAGUAGAGUAAUGUCCAAUACACGCCAAGGCAGUAGAGUAAUGUCCAAUACACGCCAAGGCAGUAGAGUAAUGUCCAAUACACGCCAAGGCAGUAGAGUAAUGUCCAAUACACGCCAAGGCAGUAGAGUAAUGUCCAAUACACGCCAAGGCAGUAGAGUAAUGUCCAAUACACGCCAAGGCAGUAGAGUAAUGUCCAAUACACGCCAAUGCAGUAGAGUAAUGUCCAAUACACGCCAAGGCAGUAGAGUAGUGUCCAAUACACGCCAAGGCAGUAGAGUCGUGUCCAAUACAUGCCAAGGCAGUAGAGUCGUGUCCAAUACAUGCCAAGGCAGUAGCGUCGUGUCCAAUACAUGCCAAGGCAGUAGCGUCGUGUCCAAUACAUGCCAAGGCAGUAGCGUCAUGUCCAAUACAUGCCAAGGCAGUAGAGUCAUGUCCAAUACGUGCCAAGGCAGUAGAGUCAUGUCCAAUACGUGCCAAGGCAGUAGAGUCAUGUCCAAUACGUGCCAAGGCAGUAGAGUAAUGUCCAAUACAUGCAGUGUAAUUCUGUGUCCAUGUUUCUGUUCAAUAAACAAACUGAAAAUA